AUGGGGGAAGACAGCCUCCUCUCCGUCAUAUUCAAGGACAAGAGGGUCAAAGGCAGGGCCAUCAAAGCAGCCACCCAGCUCUUCGCCAAUACCGCCCCCAUCGUCAAGACCAUCGAAGCCGGCGCCGGCCUCAUCAAGAUUGGAGACACGCUGUCCAAGGCCAAUGAGCUCGCGGGCAGGGUCAAUGACUUUGCGCCCAGGGCGAACCAGAUGGCCGAUGGGCUCAACAGGUUCAUCCCCGCCAUGCAGGUCAUGGGCCAGUCCGUCGCAGACAGCGCCCGGAUCUUUGCGUACUUUAGCAUGAUUGCAACCACAGUCCGGAUCGGCAUGAACCUCGUCCAGACGUACCAGGGAAUCCAGGCGCUACAGCUCAUCGCCGCCAAGCUGCAGGACAUCUCAGCCGCUCUCCAGGCGCAGACGGCGCUCAUUGCGCAAAAGGAGUUUCCCGACUACGUGCACAGCAUGAUUAGAGAGCGGCUCACUCAGACGUCGGACGAUCCGUCUCGGGAUCACUGGUUCUUCCUCUGGCACCCGGACGACGACUGGUACCCCAAGUUUUUCCAUCUGCUGGAGGAGAAGCCGCUGGGGUCGAGAUUCUGCGGCUACACGAACCAGAUCGACUCUGUGUUUGUCUUUAUGAUUGCAGCGCGGCGGCGCAUCUCGGAGAUGGAGUACAAGGCGCGGCGGCGAGGGCAAUCCAUCCGCCCAACAAGGCUGCACCUCCUGGUCCCGGCAUAUCAACCCGUUCUCAUCGCAGAAGCACUCCGGAUCCCUGAAGAAGUUGGCGAUUUCGUCAUGGAAGGUCGCAUCAACAGCAACCGAGAAUUCGUCUGGCUCAAUCUGCCCGACGACCAGCGGCAUUACACCCUAAACAUUGGCCAGUGGAUCCCGCCGAAUCCGAGCUGGCUGGGCUGGGCGGCGUCGAAAAUCGGACUGGGCGAGAAGCCGCUGCGGCUGCGGACGCCGAGAGCUCUAGGGGCCAGCCAGAUACCGCUAGAGAUUGAGGCGACGCCGCUGCCAAAGGAUGAGGACGACGACGGGAGCAGUACCCUGGUCAAUCCGUCGAUAGCGCCAUCGGAAGCUAGUUUUCGGGAGGACGAUGACAAGGGCAAGGAGAAGAGCAAGCGACCAUCAUCAACGCCAUUGCAUCAGCGCGAGAGACGGCAUCGCAGCAGCAGACGGACUUAG